AUGUUUCUUUAUCUCAGUCAUCUCAGAAUUUGUCUGAAGAAUUUGCUGAGGCUGCACGACAGCUUAAAAAAGAAGCUCCAAGAAUCCAAUUUGGCAAAAUUGAUGUCACACACCAACAUGAUUUGAGAAAAGAAUUUAAUAUUCGAGAGUUUCCUACUGUGAAAUUUUUUGUUGAUGGCAUCAGGGAAGAUCCCAUAGACUGCAAAGGAGUCAGAAAGGCCUCAGCCUUUGUCACAUGGGUAAAAAGAAGAACAGGACCUAGUACUGUUUUAAUCAACUCUACUGAUCAGGCUGAAGCCAUCAUACAUGCUGAUGAUUUGGCAGUGAUUGGCUUUUUUAAGGAACUUCACAAUGACAGUGUGGAAAUUUUCUAUGAGACGGCAAAAGACGUGCCAGAGAUGCCUUUUGGGAUGACAGCCAGCAAGGACGUCUGUGGUAACUACGGCAUCCAAAAGAACACUCUUGUUGUGUUUAAGAAGGGAAAACCUGUGCAUAAGGAAGUGCUUGAAGAUGGCAGACAGAACAAACUGGAUCUACUGAGGCUAAUCAAAACCUUUACGUUGGAUUUGGUCACUGAAUAUAAUCUUGAGACAUCUGUGAAGAUUUUUGAUGUCCCUGUUGAAAAUCACAUUCUGCUGUUCACCCCAAUGAACUCAGAGACAUUUGAUGCGAUUUACGAAAACUACAGGUCUGCUGCUACGGAAUUUAGAGGAAAGAUAAUAUUUGUCUUGGUGGAUACUAAUGAAACAAGGAAUGGACGAAUUUUUGAGUAUUUUCGCAUCAGAGAGGUUGAUGUUCCCGCCGUGAGAAUCCUAAAUCUGACAACUGAUGCAAAGUACAAAAUGCCCGCAGAUGAGGUGACUGUGGAGAACCUCAAAGAAUUUUGCCAGAGCUACCUAAAUGGAAAAGCAAAGCUACAUCUCUCCAGUGAAGAAAUUCCAGAGGACUGGGACAAGACGCCUGUCAAGGUGCUUGUUGGGAAGAAUUUCAACAGGAUUGUCUUCAAUAAGACCAUGACUGUUUUUGUUAUGUUUUAUGCCCCUUGGUCCCAUGACUGCAGAAGACUCGUGCCAAUCUGGGAUAAGCUAGGAGAGCAAUAUGAAAGUCACAAAGACAUAAUCAUUGCGAAGAUCGAUGUCACAGCAAACGACAUCCUGUCUGUUGAAUUAGACCGCUACCCGUUCUUCAGACUCUUUCCUGCUGGACCAGAUUACCAGGAGGUAGUCUAUGCUGGGGAGCACACCCUGGAGGCAUUUUCUGAAUUCUUAGAAGAACAAAGCAAGACAAAAGCAGAACCAGGAGAAAAGGAAUCUUCAGGAGGAAUCAAAGAUCUCAGCCAAAAAGAGACUGAUAUAACAGAGAAAGAAGAACUUUAA